CAGCAGUAGAGGCAGCUGCCGUUUUCCGGACGAUAACUGAGCUGAUAACCCACACACAAAACAUUCACCAAAGACAUUCACAGUCGAAUACCGACGAAUUCGUGGAUACUGAUGUUUGCGCCGCUGAAAAUUACGCAUCGAGCCCUUCAUGCUGAAGUGUGACGACGCUGAGGGGAGCAAUUUCAGUGCAUCCCUGUGAACAGACAGACUCACAUACACAUAUUGUGGAGCCUUUGGGAUACAGGCGCUUCACAGGAGACAAUGAGAGGCUACCUACUGACUGCUAUCUUUCUGCUGCCCUUGGUGGCCUCAGAGUCCGAACACUGUAUAAUCAAACGCGAACAUGAGAAAUGCAUGGAGAGGAUAGCACAGCACAACCCCAGUGAUGACCUUGAAUUAGCGUGUCCCUGGUUGUGGGACAACCUGACCUGCUGGCAGGCGGCCAGUAUCGGCGAGGUGGUGGUGGUCAACUGCCCUGAGCUCAUGGGCCCUGAAGAGGAGCCGGGGAAGGUCAGCCGAAACUGUACCGAGGACGGCUGGUCGGAGCCUUUUCCUCACUACCUCGAAGUCUGCUUCUUCUACGACAACACCACCGAACCUGUCAUAUUCAAGGCGGUCAAGGCCCUGUACACCGUCGGCUACAGCACGUCACUGGUGUCGCUGACCACAGCCAUGGUCAUCCUGUGUAGAUUCAGGAAACUUCACUGCACCAGAAAUUUCAUCCACAUGAAUCUGUUUGUGUCCUUCAUCCUGAGGGCCAUUUCUGUCUUCAUCAAAGACGGCGUACUGUACGCUCAGGAGGACAGCGACCACUGCUUCGUCCACACAGUGGCUUGUAAAGCAGUGAUGGUUUUCUUCCAUUACUGUGUGAUGUCCAACUAUUUCUGGCUGUUUAUUGAGGGUCUGUACCUCUUCACGCUGCUGGUAGAGACUUUCUUCCCCGAGAGACGUUAUUUCUACUGGUACACCAUUGUAGGAUGGGGAACUCCCACCAUUUGUGUCACCGUCUGGGCCGUACUGAGGCUCCACUUUCAUGACAUUGGAUGUUGGGAUACAAAUGAGAACACUGCCCUCUGGUGGGUGAUUAAAGGACCGGUCGUGGCUUCAAUCAUGAUCAAUUUCGUCCUCUUCAUUGGUAUCAUCAUUAUUCUGGUCCAGAAACUGCAGUCCCCUGAUAUCGGAGGAAAUGAAUCAAGCAUUUACCUCAGCUGUGCUCAGAAAUGCUUCAGUGAGCCCACACAGGCUGUUCAGCAUUCGUGCAGGAUGUCAGAGUUAUCCACCAUCACACUACGUCUGGCGCGCUCUACCCUCCUGUUGAUCCCCCUUUUUGGCAUCCACUACACUGUGUUCGCUUUCUCACCUGAAGAUGUCAGCAAGAGGGAGAGACUUGUCUUUGAGCUGGGACUCGGAUCCUUCCAGGGCUUUGUUGUAGCUGUGCUCUACUGUUUCCUUAAUGGAGAGGUGCAGUCGGAGAUCAAGAGGAAAUGGCGCAGCUGGACGGUGAACCGGUACUUUGCUGUGGACCUGAAGCAGCAGCGGCACCCUUCGUUGGCCAGCAGUGGAGUGAACGGCGGGACUCAGCUGUCCAUCCUGAGCAAGAGCAGCUCCCAGAUCCGCAUGUCCAGCCCUCUGGCGGAGAACGCCAACAUCAGCCUCCCCACCUGAGCGUCUGAUUGGCCAGGGUCAUCCUUAAGGUGCCGUUCCUCCGACAUGUAGACCAACCAGAACAGACCAAAGUGGCCCCUCAAAAACUCUUAUGUUUUCUAGUUUGACCCUUGGAAAAUGAGGAAUUUAUAAAGCAACGACUACAGAUCACAGUAUAUUUAUUAAAGGUGCAUUUUUUUUUUUUUCCAUUUGACUAUUAUAAGUUCUUGAUUCUUUAGGUUACGAUCGAAAAUUCACGAAGCACUUAAAUUUUUUAGGGGCUACCCAGAUUCAACAUUUACAAUAGAGAUAACAAAGAUUAUGAUUAUUUAGCAUUUUCAUUGUUUCAUUGACGAAUAAUUGUCGCUGCCAAAACGAAGCAGCACUGAAAGCUGUAAAAACAAAGCAAAAGUAAGGGGUCACAUUGGCUGUUGUAAAGUAAAUGUGCUUCAAGUGCCAUGCGGGGUUUUUGCUUGACUGGAUCUGAUCUUUUAACAGUCCAAAGUGAAAUACAACCAAACAUUCGCCUUGCUUGUACAAAUGCUCAUUGUUGAGAUGUUUUAUCUUCAAUUUGACAUUUUUUCUACAAUCAGCCGUAAGUACAAAGUAUGUCAAAAGAUUUAUGAAAACAAAAAGAAAAAAAGAACUCAUGGACUUUGUAUAUAGUUACUUUUGGUGUGUAGAUCAGAGUUUCUGUCUUUAAUUCCAGAUUUUUUUUUUUUUUUUUUUUUUUUUUUUGCAUAACGCAGUAUUGUAAUGACUUUUUCCAAAUGAAAAAGAAAAGGAACUGGAGCCCAAAUCUGUAGACUUCAUCCCAUAACCUGAGGACCCAGAGUAUCCUGCCCGCUCUAUUCUGAACUACUUGUUUGUAUAAAAACUGAAAAAAAAAUCAUUCAGUAUUUUUAACAUCCUAGUGCCAAUCAUAUUGCCAAUAUGAAGAUGUUACAGCACAUGAAUAUGAAUUUUUAUUUACAAGACUCUUUUUCCUCACAAUGAAAGUCAGACUGGAGAGUAACGUUCUCUAAUAAAUGCCCUGACUUUAUAUGCUUUAAAACGCAGAAUAAAAAGCAUAUAUUCUAUUUUGCUCGAAUUCUUCUGAACACGUUUUACAAUGAACCAUAUUCUAGACUCAUAUCCCAAAGUGCCUAGUCCAUCACAAACACCUGUCAUUUUACAUUUUUAUUUACAACAAACCAACAUAACAUGAUAGUAACGGUCAUUUCAGUUCAAGAAUGUACAGAAUAGUGUGUUUUAUUGUGGAUGAUUUUUGUGCUUAAAAAGUGAAAAGAAAGAAAAAAAACAGGAAAAUAGCUUGCUCAUGUACAUUUUUUCAAUGCUUUUUGUAACUUUUAUGUGAAAAGAACAGCUGUGUUUUAUUUUUUUUCUUCCUUUACUGUUUUAUUUACAAUAUGUCUGAACAGGCUGGAGUCAUUUCUCUACGUAACUGCUUCUCUGUUUUCGACUUUUACUUGUAAUUACUCCAGUAAAUUGCAAACCCAUUUGAGCGGGAGCGCUUCAACGUCAAACACAUUAAGGCAUCAGAACGGAAAAAGGCGUCGUAGCAGCUGACACAAAGCGCUUUAAUGUGACAGCUUUUGACAAUCGUAAAGUGUUGCCAGUACUUUUAUUUUUCCUCCCCUCUUUUCAUUUUCUAUUUUAUUUGUGUCUCUUUGAAGGAAACACGCUAAACAAACAUCAGAUGUCCAGGUGGUGGAAUCAUUUAGUGAGAUGAAAUGUGAAAUGAUAUGUACAGGAAGCUUUAUUCAUAUACUUAUUUAUUUUUUUUCUACUCUCAUCCAGAAUGUAGUGUAUUUAAAUAAUGAAGUGAUAAGGAUGUAUAUUUAUUUUCCAUAAGCCAGUGCCAUGUGAAAUGACUCAUAUAAUGUACAUAUGCUUUUACCUGUAAAAUGAAUAUUUGUAUGACUGAUGUAUGAUUUCAUUACAUUGAUAAAUGUUGCUUUUUUGGUCUAAGUGCCAUAUAUGUCGUGCCACAAGCGGUGACAGUAGGAGAUGUGUGGCACUAUGUGUCAUUUCUAACUGUAAUUGAAGAACUGUCCAAAGCUGCCAAGAACAUUGUGACAGAUUAUACCUAUACAUAUAUAUAUCCAAAAAAAAAAAAAAAAUGCAACAUGAAGCUGAAAACCACACUACUGAAAUUCAACGCCUUGGACAAAAAAGAUAGGAUUGAAAAAAUAAAUAUAAAUAAAAAGACCACUUAUAAUUAGAGCCGGAUGUACAAAGAUAUUUUAUUCCAUUGAGAAGGUUUUACAUAGGUGUUAACCAACCAACGAUAAAACACAAAAAGUGUGUAUGAGUGCGUAAAAAAAACCCACUCUGCUGCUGCUUACGUGUUCUAUCACCAGCCGUCACUCUGAGUCCGAUUGAGGCUCAGAUGGAAACGACCAUGUGUCAAAGCUGUUAGUGUCUGUGAAAAAAAAAAAAAAAC